UCCCUCAUAAUAUAAACAUACAAACAAGAAAAGAAACAAUAUCAAAAAGUGGUUCAAUUUGCAUUCAUGGAUUCAAAGAAGUCUAACAAAAUAAGAGAGAUUGUUAAGCUUCAACAAAUCCUCAAGAAGUGGAAAAAAGUUGCUACAAAUGCUUCCACUAACAACAACUCGAACUCGAGUAACUCGAGUAUUAGUGGUAGUAGUAGCGGUAGUAAAAGUAUCAAGUUUUUGAAACGAACUUUAUCAUUCAACGAUGUUUCGAUUUCGAAUGUGGACAUAGUUCCAAAAGGUUUUCUAGCUGUUUGUGUAGGGAAAGAGCUCAAGAGAUUCAUUAUUCCAAUGGACUACUUAAAACAUCAAGCAUUUGAGGUUUUGCUUCAAGAAGCUGAAGAGGAGUUUGGUUUUCAACAAGAAGGUGUACUCAAAAUUCCAUGUCAAGUAUCAAUGUUUGAGAAGAUAUUGAAGGUGGUGGAAGAUAAAAAAGAAGACUUAAACUUGCAUGAGUUUGGAUUCAAUGGAGAGAAUGACAUGGUUAGUUGUGAUGUUACUCCCACUCAUCAUGCUCAAGUUUGUAGAUGAUCAACAUGUUAAUCAAUAAUUCUUAAUUGUUGUCUCUUUUUAUUUAUCUAUUAUAUAGAAGUUUUCUUCUAGUUGUUUUUGUAUGUGUAUAAACUAA